UCGAACGAACGGUGAUUAAAUAACAAGCCAGUGCCAAGUGCAGCAAAAAGCAGGCACCGUUAGUCGCCGUCUCCACCUCCACCUUCUGAUUGUCACUUUACUUUAAAUUUUCGACUGAAAAGUUAAAAAUGUUUUCACUUUCUCGCCACGCACUGGGGCACACACGAAAUUUCGCACUUAUUGCAGCUGCCAGGUGGAGACAACCCAAUCCAUUAGUCGGAGUGGUCGCUGCAGCUGCAGUGCCCAUCGCACGCUGCUUUGCAGACAGCGACGAGGGUAAGACGACGAAUCCCAGUAAAGCCAACAACAUGGAGAAUAAAAGCGAAAAGGUUACCGUGAACAAAGAGGAGCUGCGCAAACGCCUAACACCACUGCAGUAUCAGGUUACCCAGGAGGCAGGCACUGAGCGGCCCUACACAGGUUGCUACAACAAGCACUACGAGAAGGGUGUGUAUCAGUGCAUUGUGUGUCAUCAGGAUCUGUUUAGCUCGGACACGAAAUACGAUUCGGGCUGCGGCUGGCCGGCGUUCAAUGAUGUCCUCGACAAGGGCAAGGUAACCCUGCAUCGGGAUGCCAGCAUACCAGGGGGCAAUAUUUUACUACUAAUUGCACAUCCAGAACGCAUACGCACCGAGGUACGCUGCGCCCGCUGCAACGCUCACAUGGGACACGUAUUCGAGGAUGGACCCAAGCCAACGCGCAAGCGCUACUGCAUCAAUUCGGCGUCCAUCGAAUUUGUGACGGCGGAUCCCACAGCGACAGGAGCGGCGGCAACCGUGGCCACGCCCACGCCCAUUGCACAGCAGUAAAUUGGGAGGCGGGCGAGGAAGGAGAGAUUGGCCAAAACAAUCAACGAAACGAAUCAAAAAAAAAAUGGUGUGACCGAGUUACCAAGAGCCUGUGCGAAAGGAGUCGAAACGAAACUACUCUAAGUUGUUGCUGUUAAGACGUUUUUUUUACAUGUAUUUUCUAACUAUUUCCGCAAGUGUGGCCAAUUUUAGCUCGUAGUCCAGUCCAGUCAUUCGAAUGUCCGUCUGGGAAACAGUUUGUCCAACGGCAGCUGUCCGUCAUAUGUAUUGUGUGUUUGUAGGCGUUAAAUAUUUCCUGGGAAAUCCUCCGAGUGUUUUGUGUAAAUAGCUAACGUUUUUUCAUAAUUAAUUUGUUUGUUAUACAUACAGUACCGAUUACCCGAACCACCACCCCUGUACAACAUUUGAAACACAUUACUAAUUUUAAAGUGAGCGCGCUAAAUAAACGUGUAUUUUUUACAAUA